CUGCCUUGUUUCGCUACCUCACGCGCGUUAGACAUUUUUAAUUUUCGUAAAUUUUUAUCUGGAAGCAACGGUGUCAUUGACGAUGCACAAAAAAAGGCCAGCGUUGUAGCGAAAGAAACCACGAGAUAAUCGUUGUGCAUCGACCACGACGGAACGGAAGUUUCUUUUUUUAAAUGAGGGCGAACAAGAGGCAAAGAAUACCAACUAGAAGAUACGAGAGGCUCGAGGAGUUACAGACAAAUUCGAAGACGUCCUCGUCCCGGAACGAAAACUAUCAACGCUAUGCAUUGGAUACGCUACCGCCGGAAGUUUUGGAAAUGAUUCUUCGGCUGUUACCUUUCCACGAUGUAGCCACCUCCGUACGCUUAGUUUCUAGGCAUUGCUCGAUGGUUGCCGCGACCGUGUUGAACAGCGCAUUUCUCGCAGCUGGCGCGAGGCUGGACAACUUGACGAGUCGCAACGAGAGGGCGCUGAAGGAGGCGAAUACGAAUGCGACGUUGAUGAUCCGCAGCAAAUCUCUGAACGCAUUGGCGGUGAUCAAGGCCCAGUACAAUAUGCUCAAGGCCGUCACGUGGCGGUACACGCAUCCACCGACGAGGCAACAAAAAUUCCCACGGCUUUGUUUCUAUGCUGGCAGCUUGCUGGACGACUUGAACGAUAUCCUCCAUCGACUCGCGAGGUUGUCCAUCGUCAGCACGCAUCCCACGGACUCCGUCGUCACGUGUUUCAUUACAGUUUGCAAACGAUUCAUGAAUUUCUUCGAGAAGGUCUCCGAACGCAGGGUGAAUAGGUCAGCGUUGGUCUCGGGAUGCAAGAUCGUAGACGUUCUGGACUGUCUCGUGGAAGGUAGACAAGUAUUGUUUUUCAAAGUCUCACCGAAGAGAAGCAUCGCCAGCAGAGCUGUCAGCAUGAAACUGAGAUACGUGAUGAAACGCGCUUGGUUCACGUGCCUGGAGAUUUCAAAGAACUCCGAGGACAACUCCUGGAGGGACGAGCAACGUUUCAUGUACCUCAGACUGCGUCGUCUCGUCAACAGCGUGAACGAACACCUCUUCGAAAAUUUACAUUACGAGCAAGAGCUGGUCUUGCAGGUGGUUCUAUAAAAAAAGAAAAAGGAAAACAUUGUAAAGAAUCGAAGAG